AUGGCGCUCCCACCUCCAACAAACCCGGCUAGUCGUCCAGUCGACCCCAAGCAGCUCCUCGAUCGUUCCGCCCGCGAGUUUCUAUCCAGGCGUGACCUUGAUCCCCGACGACGGAGUACAACCCCGGCCCCUAUUAGUAGUAGUAACGGAUAUUAUACGUCCAACGGCUAUGCUUCCCCCGCGCCUGGAAACGCUUCGUCCGCCGUCGCCGCCCACCGAGCCAUGAACAAUACUCUGCCACCCAUUACCAGCAGGACAACCGAGUACUCGGCUCAGCAAAAAGCUGGUUCGUUAUUCUCGCCAAUUCGUUCCAGAUUACAACUUACAAUUCCCCUAGCCGCAGAUAUCAAAAGAUCUCCGACAGCGGUACCAAUCAGCUCUUCAAAUCGAUCCAUCUAUCCAGGACAUAUGCUCCCCCAUGCCCCCUCUAGGUCCAACUCUUCCUAUGUUCCGUAUGGCAACUAUGCAAAUUCAGAUUCUCGCACAAAUGGCGAAUAUCACCAGCCAACACCUAUGUAUCCAUCAUCUACAUCUCCGCCUUCUUCCCCGCCAUAUUCCAACUCGCGAUCCCCACUCUCCUCCAGUUCCAUUGCGAGUCCACCACCUCAAUCGCCCGCUUCGUCUCUAUCCUCGCAUCGCUCGCACUCUCAAUCGUAUGGCUACAACUCUUCUUCUCCACCACCUCACCCUCACCUUCCGUCAUCCUCGGGCGCGCUCACCGACUAUGCCUCUUCAGGGCGGCUAGUACCUAGCCGUCACUCGCGCCGGACGAGUCACGACGUCCGACCCUCUUCUACUUCGUCAGGAUUACAUCACCACUACUCUUCCUCCUCUCCCUCUUCUGGCUAUCCAAGGGUUGGACCAGCACUGGCAAACAAUCUUCCGCCCGUCUUACCCCGACCGCCGAAUACCUCUGGAGCCACAAGCGGAUAUCCUCCUCCUCCUAGACGUUCUAGUACCCUCGGUCCCGGUAUCAGCUCUGCCAAUGGAAGGAGUGGGAGGAGCAUUGGUAAAUUGACUGGUAUCGACGACGAAGAUGCCACCACUGCCGUCAAUACCUAUUAUCAGCGUGCCUAG